AUGUCCGUAGCCGAGUAUGAGGCUAAGUUUACUGAGUUAGCUAGGUUUGCUCCUCAUAUGGUCAACACAGACUAUAAGAAGGCUCAGAAAUUCGAGGGGGGAUUAGAUUUGGAGGUGUUUGAUCGAGUAGGAAUUUUGAAGUUGUCUACAUAUGUGGAAGUACUUGAUAGAGCAUUGAUGGCAGAGGCCAUUCUGGUAGCCAAGAAACAAGCUAAGGCUCUAACAACUGAAUGGCGAGGUAAAAGGUCUGGAUUCAAUUUCAAGAAGGGUCGGUCAUUUUCAAAGAAGCAAAACACGGGAUCCUCUAGUAGCUCUAGUCAGAGUAGUGGAUCUAUUUCAAACUGUCCAAAUUGUGGAAGGAAACAUAAAGGAGUGUAUUAUUGUGCAUUUGGCGCUUGUUAUCGGUGUGGCAAACUCGGCCAUAAAAUGAAGGAUUGUCCACUGGGGUCCAAAAAUGCCAACCGCCCCGUAGCAAGUUCAGCCGGAUCUGCCUUCGUAACAAGAUCAAAUGCAAGAACUAAUGCCAGAGGUAAUACUGAAAAUGAAACAUUAAGGCAAGGGAGAGUAUUCACACUGGUGCCAGGGGAUGUACAGAAUACUGAGUCUGUGGUGUCAGCAUGUGAUGUUAUGAUCAGUGACAUGAUGUUGUAUGUUGAUUUAUUACCAUUGGGAAUUGAUCAUUUUGACUGCAUAUUGGGUAUGGAUUGGUUGCCGAAGUACUGUGCAACUAUUGAUUGUGUGAAUAAAACUGUUGUGUUUCGUUCACCCGAUCUACUUGAGUUUGUGUUUGUUGGAAAUGGGGUAGUUCCUCCACCGUACUUGAUUUUUGCCAUGAAAGCUGUUAAACUGCUUAAGAAUGGAUGUAGGGGCUAUAUGUGUUGUGUUCUGAUUGAGACUUCUGCUAGUUCUAAUGUGGAAACUAUUCCUGUUUCUUGCGAAUUCCCUUAUGUCUUUCCAAAUGAAUUACCUAGGAAUUUAAUUGAUAGAGAAACUAAAUUCACUAUUGAUGUAAAAGCUAAACAUCAACGACUUGCUGGAUUAAUUCAACCACUUCCAAUACCGGAAUGGAAGUGGGACCAUAUCAUGAUGGACUUCAUUGUUGGAUUACCUCGCUCCUCUCGAGGUAUGGAUUCUAUUUGGGUCAUUGUUGGCCAUUUGACUAAGUCUGCCCAUUUUUUACCUGUGAAAACUUUUUAUAAUGCUGAUAAGUUAGCUAACAUUUAUGUGAAUGAGAUUGUGAGAUUACAUGGUGUGCCAAUAUUCAUUGUAUCUGAUAGAGAAUCGAAGUUCACGUCAAGAUUCUGGCAAAGUUUGCAGCUGGCUUUGGGCAUGGAACUGUGA